AUGAAAACAACAACAUUAUUGCAAGUGCUAACUGUCGCCUCAACUACACAAGCGCUCUUUGGUAGCUUUUUUGGAGAUAAGAGCGACCAAGUUGUAUUAGGCAAUGAAAACGAGCAACACCCAAUAUUAGCUGAUGCUGAAUUGGAUGCUGUUUUCAAUCAAAUGGAUCAUGCACCAAAGGAGUUGGUAUCUGCUUGGAAUCAUAUGCGGACUAGAUUAUCGCCCUCCAAAAUUUCCAAAUUGGUAAAACAAUAUCAACAGAAAUUGACGUCGCCAAUGAGAAAAUUAAAGCUCGAGCAAACUGAAUCGGAGCAAUUUGAAACCUUGUCCAACGACAAGUUCAGUGAUUAUUCUUUGAGAAUCAAAAACACCAACCCAGAGAUCUUGGGUCUUGAUACUGUCAAACAGUACACUGGGUAUAUUGACGUGGAGAGUAUCGAUCACCAUUACUUCUUUUGGUUCUUUGAAAGUAGAAAUGACCCCAAGAAUGACCCAAUUGUUUUGUGGUUGAAUGGAGGACCCGGGUGCAGUAGUGCUACAGGGUUAUUCUUUGAACUAGGACCUUCUUCGAUCAAUUCAACGUUACAACCUGUUUACAAUCCAUACUCGUGGAACUCCAACGCUUCAGUCAUUUUCUUGGAUCAGCCAGUAGGUGUUGGUUACUCGUACUCCGGUGGUGAUGAAGUGAGGAACACCGAGACUGCAGCCAAGGAUGUCUAUGUAUUUUUAGAAUUAUUUUUCCAAAAAUUUCCCCAAUUCACCAAAAAUAAGUUCCACAUUGCUGGUGAGUCUUACGCUGGACACUAUAUCCCAAGGUUUGCAAGUGAAAUAAUCAACAAUGCUGACAGGUCAUUUGAAUUAGAAUCAGUUUUGAUCGGUAAUGGAAUUACAGAUCCAUUGGUGCAAGCAGGAGAAUACGGGCCAAUGGCAUGCGGCCAAGGUGGUUACAAACCUGUUUUGACUGAGGAGCAGUGUGACCAGAUGGAGCGCGAUUACCCAAAGUGUGCAAGUUUGGCCAAAUUGUGUUAUAAGUUUCAAAAUGCAUUUUCCUGUGUUCCUGCUCAAUACUAUUGUGACCUUAAGCUUUUGCAACCUUACAUCGAGACAGGCUUAAAUCCAUAUGACAUUAGAAAAUCUUGUGAAGAGGAAGGGGGUAACUGUUAUCUUGAGAUGAAUUACAUUGACGACUACUUGAAUUUGGAUUAUGUGAAACAAGCCGUUGGAGCAUCCAAUAUUGACAUUUUUACUUCUUGCGAUGAUACGGUAUUUAGGAAUUUCCUCUUGGAUGGUGACGAAUUUAAGCCAUUUCAGCAGUACGUGGCAGAGUUAUUGGAUCAUCAAAUACCUGUCUUGAUUUACGCUGGUGACAAGGACUAUAUCUGUAACUGGUUAGGAAAUUAUGCCUGGGUUAACAAAUUAGAUUAUAAACAUGGUGAAGCAUUUGCCAAUCAACCUUUGAAGCCAUGGGUUCCGGCUAAAGCUAUAUCUGGUAUCAAUAGUUCACCCGCCUUGCAGUCAAAGCGCAAGCCAGCUGGUGAAGUCAAAAACUACAAGCAUUUCACCUUUUUGAGAAUAUACGAUGCGGGUCACAUGGUUCCAUUCGAUCAACCAAAGGACUCCUUAUCAAUGCUCAAUUCUUGGAUCCAAGGUGAUUAUUCAUUGGGCUAUUAG